GAGUUUCCUCGCAGCAUGGCCCCCAAACUCCAGUCUUCACUCCCGCCUCAAACAAAGAAACCGAGACUGCCUCCUGCCCCCAAGCCAGGGCAGACGUCAACAUCUCAGCACUUGCAUAAGGGAGAAAAAGAACAGCAAGAAGCAAUUGAACAUAUUGAUGAAGUACAAAAUGAAAUAGACAGAUUUAAUGAACAAGCCAGUCAGGAGAUUUUGAAAGUAGAACAGAAAUAUAACAAACUCCGCCAACCAUUUUUUCAGAAGAGGUCGGAAUUGAUCGCCAAAAUCCCCAAUUUUUGGGUAACAACAUUUGUCAACCAUCCACAAGUGUCUGCACUGCUUGGGGAGGAGGAUGAAGGGGCACUGCAUUAUUUGACAAGAGUUGAAGUGACAGAAUUUGAAGAUAUUAAAUCAGGUUACAGAAUAGAUUUUUAUUUUGAUGAAAACCCUUACUUCGAAAAUAAAAUUCUCUCCAAAGAAUUUCAUCUGAAUGAGAGUGGUGAUCCAUCUUCAAAGUCCACUGAAAUCAAAUGGAAAUCUGGAAAGGAUUUGACAAAACGUUCAAGUCAAACACAGAAUAAAGCCAGCAGGAAGAGACAGCAUGAGGAACCAGAGAGCUUCUUCACCUGGUUUACUGACCAUUCUGAUGCAGGCACAGAUGAGUUAGGAGAGGUCAUCAAAGAUGAUAUUUGGCCAAAUCCAUUACAGUACUACUUGGUUCCCGAUAUGGAUGAUGAAGAAGGGGAAGGAGAAGAGGAUGCUGCUGCUGCUGAUGAUGAAGAAGAAGGAUUGGAAGAUAUUGAUGAAGAAGGAGAUGAGGAUGAAGGUGAAGAAGGUGAAGCUGAUGAUGAGGGGGAGGAAGGAGAGGAGGAUGAAGGAGAAGAUGACGAAUGGAACACUGAUGGAUUCCAACCUUCCUUUUUUAAUUUUCUUCAGUCCCUGGGAGCAAGUUGCUGUCUUUUUUUUUCCCCCUUUUUCUUUUUCUUUUCUCCUCUCGUGCUCAUUCGCCCUGUUUUUUGA